CUCAAUUGAGCGAAUAAGUGAAUUCAAAUAAAGAACACUCCACCAAACACCGAGUAAUACACCGGCUCCCCCAAUCUACUCACCGGAGAAUAACGAACGUCGGCGAGAUACUGAGAUCCUUCUCAGCUUUUUCUACUUCACAGUGCAUUCCCGCCGGGUAUUCCUUGGCUGUGUAUUGUUUCUUCGAUGGUUUCUCCGGAGAACACUAAUUGGAUCUACGAUUACGGGUUGAUCGAUGAUAUCUCGGUUCCCGUAGGUAAUUUCCUUACGCCGGUAUGUGGAUCCAGCUGGCCUAUGCAGACCGCUUUGAAUGGUUCAUCAUCCAUCCCUAGUGUGGAACUUGAUAGCUUACCUGCAGAUACAGAUGGCAUUAAAGAAAGUGGUUCAAAAAAGCGGGGUAGGAAUGAACAAUGCAGUGGUACUGGUACAACCUCCAAAGCUUGCCGAGAGAAGUUGAGAAGGGAUAAGCUAAAUGACAAGUUUGUUGAAUUGGCUUCAAUUCUUGAGCCUGGGAGGAACCCUAAAACUGAUAAGUCUGCUAUUUUGGUUGAUGCUGUGCGAAUGGUGACUCAAUUAAGAAGUGAAGCACAGAAGCUAAAAGACUCGAAUUCAGAUCUCCAGGAGAAAAUUAAAGACCUUAAGUCUGAAAAGAACGAACUACGAGAUGAAAAGCAGAGACUAAAGGCUGAAAAAGAGAAGCUUGAAGAAGAAGUGAACAUGAUCAACAGCCAACCGAGGUUUAUGGGUGUGUCACCUGGCAUCCCAGCUGGAUACCCUCCUCAAGUCCAAUCAGCGUCAUUAGCAUCAAUGGGUAAUAAACUGGUUCCUGUUAUGAGUUACCCAGGAAUGGCCAUGUGGCAGUUCUUGCCACCUGCUGCGGUCGAUACCUCACAGGAUCAUGAGCUCCACCCGCCAGUCGCCUAAUUUGGGUUAAGAAAGUAGAGAGAGAGGAGAAGAGAUGCAGAUGCUCUUUAUUGAAUCAAGAGCUUGUGAUUACUUUGUUAGGAUUCUGUGUAAUUUUUAUAGGUGUUGAUUAUACAUUUUAAGUGGUUAUGCCUGUGGUAUCUUUACCAAAGUAAAAAUCCACUGUUUACUCAAUGUUUUGUUACCUUUGUAACUUUACUGAAAGCAUAAAUCUUGAUUCUACCAAA